CGGGCCCCGCGCCUCCCGCGCGCCGCCGCCCCCGGCCCCGGCCCCCGCUCCUCGCGCUGCCCGGCGGUGGCAGCGGCCCAUUUCAGGGGCACUUUCUUUCAUCAGGAAGCUGCUGACAAAAUGGAAGUCAGGAUGGCUAAAGGUGACCCGAAGAAACCAAAGGGCAAGAUGUCUGCUUAUGCCUUCUUUGUGCAGACGUGCAGAGAGGAACAUAAGAAGAAAAAUCCCGAGGUCCCUGUCAAUUUUGCAGAAUUUUCCAAGAAGUGCUCUGAGAGGUGGAAGACAAUGUCUGGGAAGGAGAAAUCUAAAUUUGAUGAAAUGGCGAAGGCGGACAAAGUACGCUACGAUCGGGAAAUGAAGGAUUAUGGGCCAGCAAAGGGAGGCAAGAAGAAGAAGGACCCUAAUGCUCCAAAACGGCCUCCGUCUGGAUUCUUCCUGUUUUGUUCAGAAUUCCGCCCCAAGAUCAAGUCCACAAACCCUGGCAUCUCUAUUGGAGACGUGGCCAAAAAGCUAGGUGAGAUGUGGAACAACCUGAGUGACAAUGAAAAGCAACCUUACAACAAUAAGGCAGCGAAGCUGAAGGAGAAGUAUGAGAAGGAUGUUGCCGACUAUAAGUCUAAAGGGAAGUUUGAUGGCGCGAAGGGUCCUGCUAAAGUUGCCCGGAAAAAGGUGGAAGAGGAAGACGAAGAAGAGGAAGAAGAGGAGGAGGAGGAGGAGGAGGAGGAUGAAUAAAAAAAAACUGUUGCUCUGUCUCCUUGUGAAUACCUUAGAGUAGGGGAGCGCCGUACAGGACACAUCUCUUACUUGAGACGUGUCUUGCCCUCAUUCGGUUUAAUUAAAAAAUUGGAUCAUCAUCAUAUUGUAGUUCUCUCAAAGUGCUCUAGAAAUUGUCAGUGGUUUACAUGAAGUGGCCAUGGGUGUCAGGAGCACCCUGAAACUGUAUCAAACUUGUACAUAUUUCCAAACAUUUUUAAAAUGAAAAGGCACCCUGGUGUUCUCACUCUGUGCACUUUGCCGUUGGUGUGACAAGGCAUUGAAAGAUGUUUCUGGCAUUUUUUUUUUUGUUCUUUAAUUUGUAAGGUGGUGUUACUAUGGUUUUUGGUUAGAAAUCCUGUUAUCAACUGUACAUAUCUAUAGUUUGUAAAAAUGAAUGAAACGAGGGAAAUGCCCGGGUGGGCCGUGCUCGGCGUUGAGGCGGUUGUGGGGAUGCCUUUUGGCAGGGCCGCAGCUCAGGGUGUGCGCUGGGAAGCUGGACCUGUUGGCACUGCAGUGGGCAUCCAUUUAGCUUCAGGUUGUCUUGUUUUUGUAUAUAGUGACAUAGCAUUCUGCUGCCAUCCGUAGCUGUGGAAGAGGGGGGGAGGGUCAGCUGGCAUGAGAAGUGUUUGGAUUUUUUUAGUUACGUGCGGUAGUUUUAAAACUGUUUUUAAAUGAACUGUAGAACUCUUCAUUGUCAGCCGAGUGAAGAGCCACUGCGUCAAAGUUCAAGAACCUUCUGUACUUAAAAACACAAUUUGCAACGUUCUGUUAUUUUUUGUUUUGUAUGUUUAGAAUGCUGAAAUGUUUUUGAAGUUAAAUAAACAGUAUUAUGUUUUUAAAACUG